AGUUCUCUUCCCGGAAGAAAGAAAAAACACGGACGAAACAUUCGUGUAAUUGUAAUUGUAAGAAAAAGAAGAGAAAAACAAGAAGAAAAGAAUGGGAGAAGAAAAGGGCAAGCUUGAAUCUAUCAGGGAAUGGGUUGUCGAACACAAGCUUCGUACUGUUGGGACGUUGUGGGCGAGUGGGAUUGUGGGUUCAAUGGCAUAUAAUUGGUCUCAGCCCAAUAUGAAAACCAGCGUCAAGAUUAUUCAUGCUAGGUUGCAUGCUCAAGCACUUACUCUUGCUGCAUUAGCUGGGGCUGCUGUUGUCGAAUAUUACGAUCACAAGACAGGUGCAAAAGCAGAGCGUGUGGCAAAGUUCCUCGACCUGAACGAGCACCAUAAGAAUUGAACUUCAUCUUUUUGUAUGAUGUCUGAAAAACUGCUGCUGCUGCUUAGCAUUAAUUUAGUAGUUUCCUAUCCAAGUGGAUAGAGUAGCACACAGCAUUUUUGCAUAGAUGCAAAAAUUUUCUGUUAGUGAACAUAAAGUGGAAGCCAUGCUUCAUAGCCUUGAAGAAAUAGUAGUUUUUUCAACAGGGAAUUUGAAGACCAGAAGGCAGAAACAACCGUUUUCAUAUUUGUUGGUUCGUUCCAUGUUAUUCGAUAUGUUGUAGUUGGAAAUGCUAGCAAUUGCUUGAUGACAAGGAGUUCUGGUAGAUGAGGAGCUGCUUCUUCUGACAUUGUGACCCUUCAAAUUGUGAUGCAAUUGCAAAACAGUUUAAACGAUUAUUUGAAUAAUUGUUGGCAUUCUCGUCUUGGUUUAUA